GCGACCGAUGGAGUCCUCAGCCUCCGCGCAGGGCACAACGACCUGGGCCCGGCCCGCGCCCGACACCUUACCGUCCUGAAGGAGCUCCCGCACGGUCACGACCACUGCUGCGGAACCCGGAGCCCCACGGCCUGCCACGGAAACAGCAGUAUCUCCACCUUCCAUGUUGGCAAGUGCCGGAUUGAUGACGUCUGCGAUGGCCCCACCCUCCUAAUGACGCAGAAUCAAGGCGCCGCCCGCCUGGCCAUCCAGGGGCGAGUUUGUGGGCACCCUGAGCUGCAGGUUCGGCACGCGAGGAAAAAACUACUGCAGCACUGGCUUUCUCCCAUUCCGCUUGAGACGUGGCCACCGCGCGUACCUUCAACGCAAGUAUUGGCCUGAGAACGCGGGCCUCCGGCGUAGGGAAGAAGGCAGGCUCCUGGGUGCUUCACGGCCCUCCUCGCUCAGCACGUGGGAGCUAGAAGCUGCCCAGCCUUACCUGUGCCGAGCCCGAUUUCAAACUAAUUUGUAUACAUGAGAAGUGACUCCAUACCAAUCACAAUAUGUCAAGAAAGAAAAAAAGACCCAAUAGAAAUGUUUCAUUCUGGACAGCUGGUAAAAAUCUGUGCCCCAAUGGUUCGAUAUUCAAAUUUUAUGUUUCACAGGUUGGCUUUUAGAACACUAGUAAGAAAAUACUCUUGUGAUCUGUGCUAUACACCAAUGAUAGUUGCCGCUGAUUUUGUCAGAUCUGUAAAAGCCAGAGAUAGUGAAUUUACCACAAACCAAGGUGAUUGGCCGUUGAUUGUUCAAUUUGCUGCUAAUGAUGCAAGACUUUUAUCUGAUGCUGCUCAAAUAGUCUGUCCCUAUGCAAAUGGAAUAGAUAUUAACUGUGGUUGUCCUCAGAGGUGGGCAGUGGCAGAAGGUUAUGGAGCUUGCUUAAUAAACAAGCCAGAGCUCAUUCAAGAUAUGGUGAAACAAGUAAGAAAUCAAGUGGAAAAUCCUAGAUUUUCAGUUUCAAUUAAAAUAAGGAUCCAUGAUGACCUUACAAGAACCAUAGAUCUUUGCCAGAAGGCUGCAGCAACAGGGGUGUCCUGGAUUACAGUUCAUGGAAGAACCAUUGAAGAAAGACACCAACCAGUCCACUAUGAUGCCAUUAAAAUGAUAAAGGAAAGUGUGUCUAUACCUGUAGUUGCUAAUGGAGACAUAAGAAACUUGAAAGAAGCAGAAAAUGUAUGGCAGAUGACUGGGACAGAUGGUGUGAUGAUUGCAAGGGGACUUUUGUCAAACCCAGCUAUGUUUGCUGGAUAUGAAGAAACCCCACUAAAAUGUAUCUGGGACUGGGUUGACAUCGCUCUUGAACUUGGAACUCCUUUUAUGUGUUUCCAUCAACAUUUAAUGUACAUGAUGGAAAAGAUAACAUCAAGGCAGGAAAAAAGAGUAUUUAACGCUCUGUCAAGCACAUCAGCAGUCCUGGAUUACCUUACAGACAAUUAUAGUGUUUGACUCAA